AUGAGUUACAGAGUAGUUGUGAUUGACAACCAAGGAAUAGUCCGGGAAGACUCUGUGAAACAAGUCUUCGAGAACUGUGGAAAGAUAUCAAAAAUCGAGGCAUUUGAGUCUCAAAAGUUUUCUUUUUUUCUUGUUGAUUUUUGUGACCUUCGUUCCGCGCAAACGUCACUGUUUUUAACAGGAACUUUGAUUGAUGGGAGUCGAAUUGAUGUCUCAGAUUUUCAAUCAUUUCAAGAGAAGUACCCCGACCAAUUUAAGCCAGUUGUGGUCAUUGAAAAUGAACAGAUUGAAACAGACAAGUCCGAAUUAAAAAUUUCAUUAAAAGAACUAAAACAAAGUGACCAGAACACACAGACAGACAGUACCAAACAUGAUAAAAAUGAAAUCGUCGAAUCCGCUGAAAGUGCUUUGUACAAACUUCAGAUGUUGAUUGUAGAUGGCGUAUGUGGCGCACGAGACACUUAUGACGAAUUACUUCGAAAAGAUGAGAAAAAAGACAAGUUUGAGGAAAUGGAUGUUAAGAAGACGGAACAUAGUGAGUUCAAGCCUAACACUUUUAUAGUCCAACAGAAGAAACCACAGAAACCUCUUCCACCACUUCCAACUAAAUGA